UACACCUGUUCAUAUCCUUGCCAGUAGGAUACACAGACGUGGUAAGAAGGUAUUUGUCAAGCAGGUGCCGGACUCAGCCUUUCUACCAUGGCGGAACCUCACUAUCUCUACUCCUUAUUACUUCUAGUUCUGCUGAGUGUCCCAUUUGUUCAAGGUCAAAACACUUCUAAAGCAACAGCUCCACAAACAUCCCACACUACGAUCUCAACAAGUACAAAUAAUGCAACAACAUUAACAUCCAAUUCUACCACAAGAACAGACACCACAACGCAUGCUUCCAGUACUUUAACAAGUGGAGCUACCAGCCAUAUACCCACUGAAAUAUCCAAAGUGACACAGACAGAACACAGCACUAGUACAAUUAAUGCAACAAGUCCACAUGCAUCUGAAUCUACCACUAAUCACACCAGUAGUACGGGCUCGACAUAUACAACUAAUAAGACCAAUACCACCACAUCCUCCUUUAACACCCUGCAUCCGGACAAUGCUACACAAACAAUAAAUGGGACAUCUAUUCCAGCAGGUAUUCCAGCAAACAAAGGCCUGUCAGAUAAUCCUGGCCUAAUAGCUGUACUUUGUAUAUUUUUUUCGAUCCUUGCCAUUGUUAUCGUUGUGUCUGUUGUGAAGUUCUUCCGGAAACCUGGGCCAGGAUUCGAAAAACUGGAUGAGGUUCCAAUGAAUGGCAUGAACGAAGAAGCUCCUUUUGCACGUUAUCCUCCGAAAUAGUGCAAAAAUGUAAAGCAUGUUUUUCCUGUAAAGUAUGAAGAUUGAAUUCACAAUUGUUUUUGGCAACAAAAAGCUGAGUUUGUUUUUUUUUUUUUUUUUUUUUUUUAUUGUGAGUAUGCUAUGCUGAUUAAUGCUUUUUUGUUUAUUGUACAUUACAUUUACAGAACAAUAAUCAAUAAGAAUACUGUUUUUAUUUAUUUUCAUCUGUAAUUUAAUAAAUUUACAGAUAGCCAAAA